AUGGCCGAAGAAGACUCGAAUAAGCUUAUUUGUUGCUGCAUUGUGGCCUAUAUGCGGUAUCUGUAUGAACAUGAACCUCUAACCUCCCCAUUUCGUAGCCAAAAAGUAUUAAGACUGCACGAGGGACUGCAUGUAGGCAGGGGUGAGUUAACACUCAGAGAAGGGCUUCCUGCAGAGGGACUGAAUGUAGGCAGGGGUGAGUUAACACUCAGAGAAGGGCUUCCUGCAGAGGGACUGAAUGUAGGCAGGGAUCCACUAAUCAGAGACCGGAAAGUAGUGCUUCUGAUGGUGCUGGUAACAAUUGUAACUGUUCCUCUGAAUGCUGCUAGAUGUGACAAGGAAAGAAUGACCUACGAAAGAAGUCAAGGUUAUAGACUGCCUGACCACAUACUCCAGAGGUCAGACUCUUAUCUAUCGUUAGAACAAACCAGUCAAAAGGACUGUUACUCCAUGUGUUCGGCUGAUGAACAAUGUUUUGCGUAUCUUCUGGACCACGAGAACAACACAUGCGUAUUAAGUAAAGUUGAACAUUCAUCAGUCAGAGAACAGUUAGUCUCCAACUACGCCUGGAGCUACCACAGGAAAAUCUGCAUUACAGGUUUACAGUGUAACCGUCAGUGGUCAUUUGAUCGAAUUCCUGGUUCUCAGCUUAUUGGUUAUGAUGACAAGACUGUUGCCGCGAUAGGAUCUGAAGAUCUGUGUUUAGAGGCAUGCGUUACUGAGCAGGGCUUCACGUGUCGUUCCGCGCAAUACAACCACGCGACAAAAUACUGCGUGCUUAGUAAGUACGACCGAAGGACGGCCGCGGAAGCCUUCAGAAGUUCGUCUGGACAGGUGGAUUACCUGGAGAACCAGUGUGUUCAAGAGCCCAGACAGUGUCACUUUCAUCUUCAAAAAGAUCGAACCAUCAUUCACAGCCACGCCCAUGUUGAUCAGUCAGCUACCACCAGGGACCAGUGCAAACAGUCCUGUCUUCAACAUGGCGACUUCAGGUGUCGUUCCUUCGUGUUUGAUCUUGGCAGAAAACUAUGCUUACUGACACCAGAGGACUCUUACUCUAUCGCAGAGAAAGUCAUCAUGCCCACUGAUGGAAGAUUCGAAUUCUAUGAACUUGGAUCAUGCAUCGAAGUGAAGAUGCGAUGUGAGUCGACCACAAUGACCGCUGUCCUCAAAGUUGCCACUCCUUUCCGCGGGAAAAUUUAUUCGGUUGGUCAUCCUCGUGAAUGUUUCGCUGCAACCGCCACGGACAGUGGCGAGAUUACAUUGACCAUUCCUCUGCACGGGACGAAGUGUGGGACGAAAAAUCUGGGUAAUGGAACUUUCACCAAUAGCGUAGUAAUACAACACCACCCUUACAUACUGCGAAACAGUGACCGCCGAAUAGAUGUAGCAUGCGACUAUGAAGAAAUCAGGACCCGAGUGAGAGGAGGAAAGGAGGUUACCGAGGGGGAGUUUCAAAGUCUAACUCAAGUGGUUACAGGUUUAGUACCAACACCUGGAGUUCGGCUUCGUGUUGUAAACUCUACAGGUACUGAAAUCAGAGGGGCUGAGCUUGGAGAACCCCUGUAUUUGAGAGUGGAAAUGCUCGACAACAGUGUGUUCGGAAUAUCCGGAAGUGGCCUCGUUGCAAGAAGUGGAGAAGGUUCUGAUAUGAUCCUUUUGAUUGAUGACUAUGG